AUGAAUUGUUACAAUAUCUUUUGCUUUGUUUUGCAUAAUUAACUAACGUAGAUUAAUAACUAAUUACAUUCCUAAUUUUUUAUCUACAAAUAUUAUUCGAUAAUUUUAAACGUGUCAUCUUGAAUAGUUCAACACUCUCACAAAAUACGUAUUAGAAGUAUGCAUACAAAUAUAUAUAGCGCACAGUACUUUUGUCUAAUAAUUUAUCGUACCUAUUUGAUAUUUCUUAUUGCGAAUACAAGAAUAUCUCUUAUAAUUCUAUCUCAUUUUACUUUCUUAGGUAUCGGUUCAUCUCGUUUUAUUCCAAAUAACAAGAAUAGAUAUCUUACUAAGAAUCCGCCAUGAGUCGUAGCUUCUAACACUUAUUGCGUACACGCAUGCGCAGUACGACAGUGCACGUUGGUGCAUGUCGGUGUGCACAGUGGUGUGUAAGGCGGUAUUUUGUUAAAAAAAAAUUGGCGGUCUCGUUGGAUUAAAAAUUGUGCAAAUAUUAUUUACAAAUAAUUAACAGUGCGCUGAAAUGGAUCGCUUGUUUGUUCAAUAUUGCAACGAAUAAUAUGAAUCACUGCAAAGCCAUGAAGAUAAGUUUCUCCUUAUCUUCGCUUCAGCCGCUGAACCAUGGCUUAGAAAAGCAUGGUCAAGCGGGUGUAGUAAUAGAAAGGCCAUACAACAGUCUCACAAAAAAAAGGAAAGAUCCCAAACAGUUUCAUAAUCAGCGUUUAUGGACAAAUCGUGAGGAUUGUAAAGAUGAGUUUUGGGCAGCAAUACGAUCUAAUUAUGAUUAUAUUAUGGACACUAAUUUGAUAGAUAGUUGUAAAGAAGCUAAUGGUGAAUUAACAUGGGAUGAGACUGAUGUAUCUACACAAUCAUGGAGUUUAAAAGAAGUUAGUAGUCAGUUCUCAGAAUUAUAUUCAUGGCUGAGGGUUCUUCAAGAAUUGGUUUAUUCCAAGGAAGAAAAUUUGUUAGAUAAAAGUCUGCGUGCGGCUCACAUGGAGGAGCUGCGACGUAGGGCGUAUAGAAGAAAGUUAUUUAACGAACAAGCUGCAAAAUUAGUGUCACAUGCCCCUGCUUUGAAAGAUGAAGUGGCGUGGCGUGUUGACCAUUUAAAUGCAAAAUGGGAAUUGGUUGAACAAAUGAUGGCACCUGUUGAUCGACUUGUAUCCGAUCAACAGGAUAUUUCGGCAGAUUUUGAACACGAAGUGAAAUGUUUGAGAAAAUGGCUUCGGGAAAUGGAAUCACGCCUACAGCCUUUGAGUUUUCACGUAGAUUGGACUUUAGCAGAACUCGAGGAAAAAGCAGUGGAACAUAUGGUACUCCAACGAGACAUAGAGGCGCACGGUCGGAUCGUGAGCUCGGUCGUGAAAUUAGGAGACAAGGUGUACAAUCAACAGCAAGGGGAACAGCAGCAAGAGGGGCAGGGGGAAGAGGAGCAACGGGAACCGUCGCAGGUUUUGAGGACCGUGAAGUCUUUGGAGCGAAGGUGGCAUUUGCUGUUUCUUCGAGCAUUGGAAUGGCAGUGUCACAUCGAGACUCUUGUAUCUCGCGUGAGCAGCAAGAACUUGGUGCCUUACAGCUGCAGUAGUGACAGCGACGAGGAGCCAGUCACGAAGCAGCCUCGACUCAGCCGCAGACAUUCACGGGGUUCUGGAAGGGAAUCCCCGGGUCAGUCGGCCCGUUCGACUCGCUCGAAACGCCACAGAGCCACGAGAUCGCGAUACUACGAGGAUCAAGCCGCGAGCAGAGCGGACCUCUCCGAUACGGACGCCUUUUCCGAGAAUCGAUCGAUCGGCGAUGGAUCCUAUUUCGAGGAUGAACUGUGCCAGCUGUGUGUGAUGGACAUAAAGUCCGAGGGAGUGGAAAAUACGCAAGAAUAAAUCGAAUCUCGUGCGCGUCGGUGGACCAGGCCGAGGAGGGCGAUAUCGAGGAGGACGCGGUUACAGAGGACGAGGAAUACGAUAUGCCACCCAUACCGGACACCGUCCCGUUGACAAAUUCGACGGCCAUCGUGGAGAGUUGCGAUCAGAUCGACGGCCAAUCCGGGAACGUGGAACAGUCGAACGGCAAUUUGCCCGCCAACGAGCCGGUCAAACGU